UUGCAACUAUUUGAAGUAAUGAUUUCACACAAGCUGGGUAAACUGGUUUUUACCCACAAUUCUUCGCGGGCACAUUGUUGUUAUUUUGAAUAAUGACGUAGCCAGAAAAGCUUGGUUUCUUAACCCAAACGAAGCCCCGGUUCCUUUCCUGAACUGUGACCAGAGACUUGACUUUGUUGGGGAUUCAUUAACCUCGUCCCCAGGUUCAGAUUGGCUGGUGGACGUUAUUGGGAUUCAUAAAUGCCGACUGUGCAGAAGUAGACCAGACAGAGCAAAGAUGGUGUCUGUUGUUGGUGCUGUGUUCGUUGCGUUGAGCUUGGCACCCCUGCUAGUGCUUAGUGUUCCUCCCAUUGGGACCCAGCCUGAGCAGGUGCACAUUUCCUAUGCAGGGUUCCCUGGCUCUAUGGAGAUCACCUGGACCACAUUCAAUGAGACGGAGGAGAGCACCGUGGAGUACGGCCUGUGGGGCGGACGGCUGUUUGAGCUUACAGCCAAGGGCAAAGCUACUCUGUUUGUGGAUGGAGGAUUAGAGGGGAGGAAGAUGUACAUCCACAGGGUCACUCUCACUGAUCUGAGACCUGCCUCUGCUUAUGUGUACCACUGUGGCAGUGAGGCUGGCUGGAGUGAUGUAUUCUCCUUUACUGCUCUGAAUGAGAGCACUAGCUGGAGUCCCAGGUUUGCCGUCUAUGGGGACAUGGGCAAUGAGAACCCUCAGUCUCUGGCCAGACUGCAAAAGGAGACCCAGGUCGGGAUGUAUGAUGUCAUCCUACACGUUGGGGACUUUGCAUAUGACAUGCAUGAGGACAACGGCAGGAUUGGAGAUGAGUUCAUGCGUCAGAUCCAGUCCAUAGCUGCCUACGUGCCCUAUAUGACCUGUCCUGGGAACCACGAGGCUGCAUACAACUUUUCCAACUACAGGAACCGCUUCAGCAUGCCAGGACAGACUGAGAGUCUAUGGUACAGCUGGAAUGUAGGAUCAGCCCAUAUCAUUUCUCUCUCCACUGAGAUCUACUUCUUUCUUGAUUAUGGUGUGGACCUCAUCUUCAAGCAGUACGAGUGGCUUAAAAAGGACCUCGAGGAGGCCAACAAGCCAGAGAACCGAGCAGAGCGCCCCUGGAUCAUCACUAUGGGACACAGACCCAUGUACUGCUCUAACAACGACAAAGACGACUGCACCCAGUUUGAGAGUUAUGUCCGCCUCGGACGGAAUGACACAAAACCGCCAGCGCCAGGUCUGGAGGAUCUAUUAUAUCUAUACGGAGUGGACCUGGAGCUGUGGGCCCAUGAACACACAUAUGAAAGGUUGUGGCCUGUCUAUGGCUACAAGGUCUUCAAUGGGAGCAUCGAACAGCCUUAUGUAAACCCCAAAGCCCCAGUACAUAUCAUCACAGGCUCUGCUGGCUGCCGUGAGAAUCAUGAUCCGUUCGUCCCUAAUCCGAGGGACUGGAGUGCCUUCCGCAGUACAGAUUAUGGAUACACCCGCAUGCAGGUGCACAACACCACCCAUCUGUACCUGGAGCAGGUCUCCGAUGACCAGUAUGGUAAGGUGAUCGACAGCAUCUGGGUGGUGAAGGAAAAACACGGAUUCUCAGCCUGGUUCUGAAGACCCCAAGAAACCCAGCCAAUCAAAUCAACAUCUCUUCUCAGGAAAUGCACUUUGAAACCUAAUCAUGGUGAACUGCACUGUUGACUGCUAUCAAACCAAUCAUAGGAAAAUUAUUAUUUUCCAAAUAAUGGAUAUCUUUGCACACAGGCCCAUCCGUGGAGGACCAUUAGGGAUUAGACACAUGUUUCAGAUUGGGAGGGAAAGCGAAUCUUCAGAUUUCAAACUGUCUACUCAUAUUGCUACCUAGAUUUGUAUGUAUCUGUUAAAUGUUUAACAUAAAAAAUGUAUAUUGUUAGUGAGAAAGGAACAAACAAACGGUUGUUUAAAGCACCAAUAGAAAAAUGCUAUGAUUCAAUGUAAAUCGUCUCAUUUUACUGUCUUGUUAAGAAUGGUACUGUAAAACAAGGCAUCAGACUUUUAACUAUAUCAAUAAAUCCUGUCUUUUCAA